AUGAACAUAGUUACUGAAUGGGUGCUUGAAUCCUAGUCGGUGCCUCUGCCCAUAUUCAUUGUGUAGCUGAAACAUAAAAAUCUAACCAAUCUCCUGUCGUUUCACUUUUGAUUGAAGUUGCAGCUUCCCCACUUUUUUCUUUUUCUUUGACAUUGAACUCUUACACCGGCUCUGAAUUAGCGCUCCAAACUCUGAAAACGGAAGGACAAGAAGACCGGGAGAGGCCAAAGCCUGAAUGGAAUGAUGCGCAGUAGCGUUUCUGCUCCGUGGGAGCCACAGAACAGAAUUCAGAACUCAGUGACAGCAGGGCUCGGAGGGCUGAUGUCACACAGCCCGCAACAUGAAGGGGGAGUCAGGUCCGCUGCCUGUGGCCCGGGCCGCGCGUCCAGGAGUCAGCGCUUCCCGGGGAUCUGCCUACUUCCCACAGUGACAAGUAGAUCCCACUUCCCCCUUGUUAAAUUACAGCUUUCAGAAUUUCCUGAUUAAGUAUCCUGCUCCCUGAAGGAAAUAGACAUCAGAAGGCCCAUUGGCUCCGGUGCAAGCCCGUUUGACACUGACUGUGCACGUCACUGCCAGCCGAAGCAGGAGGAGAGAUGUUUGACCUCAAGACCAAGGUGAUGGUCGGCAUUGGCAGUGGCCUCCUGAUUGCCGCGUUCGUGCUCAUAGGGAUUGUCAUCGGUCUCUAUAUCAAGGUGUCCAAGGCCCUGAGAGCUGCAAGAGAGUCUGCUGUGUGUGGAACCAGGCACGCAGCCAAGAUCUGCCCGGGAAAGCCCAUCCCGGUGGCUCCCUGCCGCCCCCUCCCGUGCUGCAAUGACUGUAACAUGUGUACAGAUGUUGAUUCCCUGCCACCUUGCUGCUGUAGCACAAAUGAGGGACUCUGACUCGGGCGUGGUGGGCGCUGCAGUCAUCCUCAGCAGUAUUUCCUUCUCAUUCAGAUGUUUCACUGGUCAGUCAGGUUCUGUAGUCAUUAUAGUACACGAGUUUGGUACAAUGCUAUUUCAUGUGCUUCUGCAUAAAUGUACGAUAUUAAAACAAC